GGAAGGAAGGAAGGAAGGAAGGAAAAAUAGAGGGGGAAGGAAAAGUAGAGGUGAAAGAAAGAAAGAAAGAAAGAAAGAAAGAAAGAAAGAAAGAAAGAAAGAAAGAAACUCCGUCAGCCAGCGAGAGCGGCGCGCACCCCCGCGGCCGGGCCAGAGCGCGCAUCCCGGCCUCGUCCCGCUCCUUUGGCGCGUCCCCCUCCGGAGGGCUGGGCGUGCGCGGAGGGGAGCGCGUGGGGCGCGGCGGCGCGGGGGAGAGUGAGGCGGUGGGUGGGGCCGUCCGGUAGGGGGCGCCCUGCCUCCCUCCCUCGCUCGCUCCGUCACUCUCGCACCGCGCCGCGCCGCGCCGCGCUGAUUUUGCCCCGCUGGGCUGGGCGGGUCGGGCGAUGCCAGCAGCGGCCGGGCGGGCAGGGAGGCUGCGGGGCUGCCUUGCCUGGCCUCGCCUGGCACCGGAGCCGCCUCGCCUCGCCCCUUCGCCGGCCCUGCCGGGCACAGACCCCCCUCCCUCCCCGCGGGGCCGGCGGGGGGCGCCGAUGGUGCCGCCGCCAUGCCGGUGAUGAAAGGGCUGCUGGCGCCGCAGAACACCUUCCUGGACAACAUCGCCAACAGGUUCGACGGGACACACAGCAACUUCCUCUUGGCCAAUGCUCAGGUGCAUCGUGGCUUCCCCAUUGUUUACUGUUCAGACGGAUUCUGCGACCUCACUGGCUUCGCCCGGACAGAAGUCAUGCAGAAAACCUGCAGCUGCCGUUUCCUCUACGGCAGCGAGACAAGCGAGGCUGUCCUGCAGCGGAUUGAGAAAGUCUUGGAGGGGAAACAGGAAUAUCAAACCGAAGUCUGCUUCUACAAGAAGGGUGGAGCAGCCUUUUGGUGCCUGUUGGACAUUGUCCCGAUCAAGAACGAGAAAGGCGAAGUGGUUCUUUUCCUCUUCUCCUUCAAGGACAUCACUGAGAACCAUGGAAAGAGCCUCCCCAGUGACAAAAAGGACGAGAAGCACAGGUGCAAGAAGGCAGGGAGCUCCCACUUGCGGGCAGCCCGGAAGCAAGGUCGCACCGCUCUGCACCAUCUCACCAGCCAGUUCACCAAGAAGGAACGGACAGAGAUGAAGAUUAACAGCGUAAGGAUGACCUGCUUCGCUUCCUCUUGUGAAGAGAGUGAGGUCGAGGACGUCUUUGAAAACAAGACUUCAGUGCCAGAGUACAAAAUAGCCUCCGUGCAGAAGUCGCGCUUCAUCCUUCUCCACUACAGCAUCUUCAAGGCGUUGUGGGACUGGCUGAUCCUGCUGGCCACUUUCUACGUGGCCGUGACCGUUCCAUACAACGUUUGCUUUACCGACUCAGACGACAGUUUGGCGACCGCCCGCAGUACCAUCGUCACUGAUAUUGCCGUGGAGAUGCUUUUCAUUGUUGACAUCAUCUUGAACUUCCGGACCACAUAUGUCAGCCAGUCGGGUCAGGUAGUUUAUGAUAGCCGGUCCAUCUGCCUCCACUACGUGGCCACGUGGUUCUUCGUGGACUUGAUCGCGGCCUUGCCCUUUGACCUCCUGUAUGCCUUCAAUGUCCCAGUGACCUAUCUGGUACACUUGCUGAAGACAGUGCGCCUUCUCCGCUUGCUUCGUCUGCUCCAGAAACUGGACCGCUACUCACAAUACAGCGCCAUGGUCCUCACAUUACUCAUGUCCAUGUUUGCCCUCUUGGCGCACUGGAUGGCUUGCAUCUGGUACGUCAUUGGCCGGAAGGAGAGCCAUGACCCGGUGACCUGGGACAUUGGCUGGCUGCACGAACUGGGCAAGCGAAUAGAGGCCCCGUACCUCAACAGCUCAGUGGGCGGACCGUCCCUCCGUAGCGCCUACAUCGCUUCGCUGUACUUUACCCUCAGCAGCCUGACCAGUGUGGGCUUCGGCAACGUCUGUGCCAACACGGAUGCCGAGAAGAUCUUCUCUAUCUGCACUAUGCUAAUUGGUGCUCUGAUGCACGCUGUGGUCUUUGGCAAUGUGACAGCCAUCAUUCAGCGCAUGUAUUCACGGCGCUCCCUCUACCACACCCGCAUGAAAGAUCUCAAGGAUUUCAUCCGCGUCCACCGCCUCCCCCAGCAGCUCAAACAACGCAUGCUGGAAUACUUCCAAACCACAUGGUCUGUUAACAAUGGCAUCGAUGCCAAUGAGCUCCUGCGCGACUUCCCAGAUGAGCUGCGAGCGGACAUCGCCAUGCACCUGAACAAGGACAUCUUGCAGCUUCCGCUUUUCGAGAGCGCCAGCCGAGGCUGCCUGCGUGCCCUUUCCUUGCACAUCAAGACCUCCUUCUGUGCCCCUGGAGAAUACCUCCUCCGCCAGGGGGAAGCUUUGCAAGCCAAUUACUUUGUCUGCUCUGGCUCCCUCGAGGUCCUCAAAGACAACAUUGUGCUCGCCAUUUUGGGUAAAGGGGAUCUCAUCGGUGCCGAUCUGCCCAGCAAAGACCAAGUGAUCAAGACCAACGCGGACGUCAAGGCACUGACUUACUGCGACCUCCAGUACAUCAGCCUGCGUGGGCUCUUUGAAGUGCUGGAGCUAUAUCCCGAAUAUUCUGCCAAGUUCAUGGCAGACAUCCACCAGGACCUCACCUUCAACUUGCGCGAGGGCAGCGAGAUUGAGGGACUUCUCCGAUUCUCCAGGUCCCCGUGUUUAUCCCAGCCUCGUCCUGAAAGCAGUGCUGCCUCCGAGAAGCCCCUGCCCUCCAUUCAGGAGUAUAGUGAAGACCCUGAGGAUUUUUUCCAGCCCUCACCAGCCACUAUCACUCGCCGUAAACUCAUGCUACCCAACCUCAACAGCCCUGUGAGGCGGGGCUCCCUCAGCAGCCUGCUUGGCGAUGAUUUGCGCCAUCAGUUCUCAGUUCUGCGGCGAACAUGUCGGUCCCCAGCCCGCUGCAGCCAGGGCCGUAGCCCUUCUCCACGGUGCCGCCGGGAAGAACAUCUCUCAGAUAGUGAGAGCAGCAAUAGCUGGAAACCUGGCAAACUCCUCAUUCCCUCCCUUGUGAACUAUGGACCCCUGAACCUCAGCCCCAGAGUGGUCGAUGGAAUUGAAGAUGAUGGCGGGGCGUCGGAAUCGCAAACCUUUAGUUUCAACAUGGAUCAACCCCCACAGAGCUUGGUACAAGAGCAUCCGGUGUCAGGGCCGGAAUCAGCCAACUCCCUAUUAGCUGCAGAAUCUGAGGAGAUAAAGCAAAGCAUCAGGAAGCUCAAUCAAGAGAUCAGCAACCUGAACCAAGAAGUCUCCCAUCUGAGUCAGGAGCUGCAACUUUUGAUGGGCCUCCUUCAGAACCGGCUGACUGCUCUAUCCUCUUCCUCCUCAGCCUCUGUCCCUGCCUCGACCUGUCCUCAUAACAGUGCCCAAAGCUCACCUUCCCUGCCUCCUGUAAGCAGGCAACCGGUUCACCAGUCGUCAUCUCAGGCUUUGGGUUCUGUGCCGGUGCUUAGCCUUCCUGCCUCCUUGAGCGCAGACCUUUCUGCCUUCUCUGCUUCCUUGCCUUCUGUUACCUCCCCGUGCAAGGAGCACUUGGGAUCCCAGGAGUGGCUGGGUUGCACCUUCUGUGAUCCUACAAGUCCUUCCCAUCAAUAUCAUUGGCCCCGGACGGGCAUGGGACAAGGCAGCCCCUGCUGGCAGAAGGCCAAUAUGACUUCUUCUCAUUCAAGCCCACCCGUAAUAGGCCCAAUGACCCCUCUCUCUCCCCGGAACUCAAUUUCUAGCUGCACGGGACAGGACUGCCCUCCAAAGCGCUUCCAUUUCCAAUCGAAUUCAGAGACCUUUCACUGAUGCCAAGAGGUUCCCUGGCCACAAUUUCUUCCUUUCAGAUAUUUGGUGCUCAGGAUCCAGCUGAGAAGCCAACCAGACUUGGGAAGGCUGGAGCUAGCAAGGUUGUUUAUACAGAAAGGACUGAUCACAUAUAUAUAGGGCAUCAGAACCUAUUUUUCCUGGUUGUUGUCAGUAGAUUUAUUUUUCACUCUGUAAGGACUAAUGGAAACCCAAAUGAAAUUUUGAUAUUAGGCCUUGAAUUGCAGAUUUUGAAAAUGUUGAUUUUCCUCAAAACUUCUUUUUGAAAGGAUGCUUUAAAAAAUACCACCCCUGGAUCAUAAAUCUUGUCAAUAUGCUUGGAAAGGCCAAACUGUUGGAUCCAAAUAGCAUUUCUGCUGGUGAAAGAUGCUUUGAUUAUCCCAAAAAGUCUCUUCCAGGGAAGAUGGGAACUCCAUGGACACAAAGCAAUGGGGGAUGGGUAGAGGCGUAUCUAGGGAAAAUGUAGUCUGGUGCAAAAUCUGAGUUUUACACACACACUCCCUGUAUGGGCAGCCGCCCUCCCCCACCAUGACCAAACAACUCUUUUUUUCUGGUGGUGAAGGAUGUGGGGGGCAAUUUUCUGCCACCCACGUGGCUAAGAGGCCGCAGCCCAGGGACAUUUGACCUCAUGUGUCCCCCUGGGUGGUACACCCCUGGGGAUAGGUCUGUACUUGGGAGGAUGCGAAGUUUCUGUGUGCUGAAUCUGGCUACUGUUGUCUACUCAGCCUGGCAGCUGCUGUCCAUUGUCUCAGGUUGAGGUCUGUUGCGUCACCUACUACCUGAUAGUUUUUAUCACAGAUGCUGGGAAUUGAACCUGUAUGCCAAGCAGAUAUUCUACCACUGAGCCACAAGUCGCUCUCCAGGUAAGCUGGGGUAAAAAGCAGUCUGGAUCCAACCCAGUAUUAUGAAUUGAGAUGGAAAGGGCUGUCCCAUGAUGUUUGGUACUGGAGGGGGAAAAAAUCUGAAUGAGAGCCACCCUCUUGACAGCUAGUGUGGUGAAGUGGUUAAGAAUAUCUGAUUAGUAUCUAAGAGACCCAGGUUCAAAUCCUCACUUGUGCCAUGGAAGCUCGCUGGGUGACCUUGGGCCAGUCACUCUCAUUCAGCCUAACUUACCUCACAUUGUGAGGACAAAAUGGAGGAGUGGAGAGAAUUCUGUACGCUGCCUUGGGUCCCCAUUGAAGAUAAAGGUGAACUACAAAUGGAUUAAAUAAAAACGAAAAGCUUUCCAAUUGCCAUGGGUCACAGUCAAAGGGUGAUUUCGCAACCUUCCUUGAAACCGGAGUUGUUGAAGAGCACUGUUGUUUCUUUCAGUGUUGCUUCAACCAAGCAGGUUGUGCUGUGUGGGCCAGCUGAGCUCAAGGCACCUGAAAUUACAUCUACACCUUACAAGUCCUCAGGUUUGUUGGAGAGCAACAUAAGAACUUUGCAUCCUAUGGGAUGGAAGUUUUCUACCUUCCAAGCUUGGAUCACCUCUUUUCUGCGAGCUUCAACCUCCUCUCCAACUCGCUAUUUUUGCAUCUGCAAGCCAGCCCAUAGAGCAACUGUUACCUCCAUUGUGAAACUCAGGUGUAGCCACAUAAAUUAUAUGAUUUUUUUUUACAGUGGAGCCAAUUGUGGCUCCUUGAGGCAGUGAGGCUGCAAAAACUAAGUUGGAGAAGGGUCCAAGCCACGCCUCCCUGCGUGCGGUGGUUUCAAAGAGGAAAGAGCCAUUUGGGAGGUGUAAGAGUGCCAUAGCACAUGUGAUGCAAAGUCCUUGCGCUGUUUUCCAACCAACAGGAGGAUUUUAUGUGUCAAUAGGAGGGGAGGCAGCUGCCACAUAGAGUUAUCAUGUCCAGUUUGGAAAAUCCCUGGAGAUUUAGGGUAGUGCCUGAGCGGGGGUGGAGUUAAGGAAGAGAAGGCAGCUCAGUGAAGAUGUGAUGCCAGAAGCUGCCCUCGGGUGUUGUCAUUUCCUCCCAGGGAACUGAUUUCUGUCACCCGGAGGAGAUAAUUUGUAAUUCUGGGAGAAACUGGGAGAACCCCAGUUUAUCCCUGGAGAUUGGUAACCCUACUCAGUAGCUUCAAGGUGGUGAUGGGGGUGGGUAUAAAAGUAUAUGUCUGCCAGCAAGUUCAAAUGUGGGUCCAUAGCUAGAGAGUAUCUCCUUCAAGUUUGUUUCUGCUCUAUCUUCCUCUUUCCUUCCCCCAAGAUUUCAGAUCCAGGAUAUUUUUUGGCCCAGCAGUUGCAUUUGAAAUUUGCUGUACAGCCAAAAACUUUCUUGUUUUCUAUUAAAUUAUUAUUUUUGUCUCUU